AUGAGCGGGAUGGAGGUCGCCAAGACCGCCUCAGAGGUGGUGGAUGUGGAACUCCAGGAUCGCUCGGUGAAUGUGGACGGCGGCACAGCGAUCAGGCUGGAGACCCAGACCCACGCCGUGGGCAUCAUCCAGCCGCCGCCAGAUAUCCGCGCAAUCGUGGACAAGACCGCCCAGUUCGUGGCGAGGAACGGACCGGACUUCGAGAAGCGCAUCCUGGGAAGCGAGAAGAACAACCAAAAGUUCAACUUUUUGCUUCCCACCGAUCCUUACAACGCUUACUACCAGAGCAAGAUCGCCGCGUUCAAGGAGGAGGCGGCAGGCGGAGACGCGGCGGCGGUGCAGGCCAAGGCUGAGGAGGCCGCCAAGGCCGCGGCCGAGAAGUCCGGCAUCGCCGUCGUGGCGGGCACCGGCUCCGCAAGGGCGAAAGUCCUCCAGGCUCCCGCCAAGGCUGAGUACAGCGUGGACGUGCCGCCCGGGAUAACGUCGCUCGAUCUGGACGUGAUCAAGCUGACGGCGCAGUUCGUGGCGAGAAACGGCAAGACGUUCCUCACGGGCCUGACGAGCAGGGAGCACAGCAACCCCCAGUUCAACUUUCUGAAGCCGACGCACUCCAUGUUUGGGUUUUUCACCUCCCUCGCCGACGCGUACUCCAAGGUGUUGAUGCCCCCCAAGGGUCUCUCGGAGCAGCUCAAGAAGGACGAGGACAAGUCCGCGCUGCUGGAGCGCGCGCUGCAGAGGCUCGAGUGGGACAGAACGCAAGAAGCUGCCAAGAAACAAGAGGACGACGAGCUCGAGAGGGAACGCGAAGCCAUGGCCGCGAUCGACUGGCACGAUUUCGUCGUCGUCGAGACUAUCGAUUUUUUCGACGAGGAGGACGAGGAGCUGCCCAUGCCCUUAACCCUGCGCGAUGUGGUGACCCAGCUGCGCGACGCCGAUGCGGAGACGCAGGCGGACGGAGCCGCGGCGGGCACCGCGGAAGAGGAUGAUGCGGCGGCAGACGUGGAGAUGGACGAAGACGAGAAGGAUAUGAUCCGGGAGGGUGUCGCGGCGGGCGCAGCGCCAAGCGGCGUUUCUGGCCCGGAGCCGUCCAUGAAGAUCGUUCGCAACUACAAGAAGCCCGAGCAGAUCGCCGCGGAGGCGAAGGCGAAGGCUUCCGGGGGGGUGGACGCCACCAAGUUCGCCGUGUCGCCAAUCACCGGCGAGCUCAUCGCCGUGGACCAGAUGGCAGAGCACAUGAGGAUCUCGCUCAUCGACCCCAAGUGGAAGGUGCAGAAGGAGGCGAUGCUGGCGAAACUGAGAGACAGCACCAUGGCGAACGAUGAGGAGGUCGCGACGAACGUGCUGAUGCUGGCGCGUACCAGACCGGACAUUUUCGGCACCACGGACGAGGAGGUCAGCACCGCGAUCAAGGAGUCAAUCGAGAGCAAGAAGAAGCUCGGAAGUGGGGCUGGUGCGACGACAGAGACGGCGGGGGGCGGCAGUCUGCCUUCGGCACCCAUCCCUCCACCGCCUCCUCCGGCGCGGACGGCGGUACCCGCGCCUCCGGCGACUCCGAUGAUGCCGCCAGCUGUGCCGCCGCCGCCCGUGAUGGCGCCGCCGCCCCCGACGGCUGCCGGUCCCGCGCUCAAGUCCGCGCCCGCCGUCCCGAUGCCUCCGCCCGUCUCAACGCUUCGACCCCUCGGCCCCGGCAUCGCCGCCCCUCCCCCUCCCGUGGCGGCUCCCGUCGCUCCUCCCGCUCCUCCCCCCGUCGCCCCUCCCGAAGACGACGACGAGCCGGGUACGAAGAAGCGGAAGGUUGGAGAGAUGGAGUUGGAUUCCGAAGAGGAUUUCCUCGCCGCCAACGGGGGCUCUGGAGUUAUCAAGGUGACGUUCCCCAGCGUGGACGGCGACGACAACCUGAACGGGCAGACGGUGGAUCUGAACGUUGACUCCCUGAGCACACCGGUGUCGGAGCUCAAGAAGCUCAUCAAGGAAGCCGCCGGGGGUCUCGCGGCGAACAAGCAGAAGAUAUCCGUCCCUGGGCUGGGCUUCUUCACUGACAAAAACUCGCUGGCGUACUACAACAUCAAGUACGGGACCACGCUGCAGCUUAGCCUAAAGGAGCGUGGCGGACGUAAAAAGUAG